AUGUUUCGCCAGGUUGGACGCUCCUGGUCCACCAACGGACGCAGGGCGUUCUCUCAGUCCACGUCGCGGAAGAGCUACGCCGAUACCAUACAGAACCUUAUGAUACACAAAGACACCAAGGUUCUAUGCCAGGGCUUGACAGGAAAGACCGCCACUUUUCAUAUCACGGAAGCUCUGGCGUACGGUACGAACAUGGUUGGCGGCGUGUCACCCAAGAAGGCUGGCCAAACUCAUCUCGGGCUACCCGUUUUUGGUAGCGUUCGCGAGGCGGUUAGAGAGACGAAACCUGAUGCGACUAUUCUGUAUGUUCCACCCCCUACUGCUGCCGACGCAAUUAUAGAGGCAAUCGAGAAUGAGAUUGGGCUCAUUGUCUGCGUGACAGAGGGUAUUCCCCAAGCAGACGAGAUUCGAGUCAUGAACGCUUUGAAAAGCCAGUCUCGUUCUCGGCUUGUUGGUCCUAAUUGCCCUGGAGUUAUCAACCCUCUUGGAUGCAAAAUGGGCAUUCAGCCAGGACACAUACACACGCCUGGAAACAUUGGAAUUGUUUCUCGAUCAGGAACAUUAACCUACGAAGCUGUUGCUCAAACGACCGACGUCGGGCUGGGUCAAUCGCUAUGCGUCGGCAUCGGUGGAGACCCGUUCCCUGGUACCCAACACGUCGACGUAAUCAAGGUCUUCCUUGAGGACCCCAACACAAAAGGUAUCGUUAUUAUUGGAGAAAUCGGAGGCUCAAUGGAGGAGGAAGCGGCAGAGUACCUCGAGAGGCAUAACAAAACUAGGAGCCAUCCCAAACCAGUGGUCGGGUUUAUUGCUGGUCGGACUGCGCCUCCCGGCCGCCGUAUGGGACACGCCGGUGCCAUUAUUUCGGGAGGAAAGGGUGCUGCCUCUGAUAAGGUGAAAGCACUAGAGAAAGCCGGUGUGAUCGUAACAGAUAGCCCAGCUAAGAUUGGUGUCGAAAUAUUGAAGGCCAUGAAAGCUGCGGGCUUGGUAUAAGGGGCGAUCUUCUUUCGGCGGUUUCCAGUGAUUUAUUUGCCCAGAUUCCAGAAACGUUCGCGAAACAUGAGUCACAGAAUAGCAAAAACAACUCCCAGCUGCGGAAACAAGGACAUUAGAAUAGAGGCCAUUUCCUUGAUCUUGUUCGUGGACAUGUCGGAAUAUGAUGCAUCCAUAGAUAUUUAAUAUGUUUCAA